AUGAGCACUCUAGCCACAAAACUGCUGGCAGUAUUAAUAAGUCGUGAUCCACGUCGCAGUUCAUCGCUAAGAAUUAGAGGCAGAGUUGUAAAAAUCCAUCCUUCUAUUCAAGUCGGAAACAUUGUACCCAAUUGUGGACGUCACAAGGCUUGUGAUAAAAAUUCAUUUUCUGUUCAUAUUUAUACAGGGAAAGAUCACAGUGAUGAACCCAGACUUUGUAUUGAUGGGAAAUAUGUUCUAGGGAAAGACUUGAACGAGGCUGGAAGAGGCAUAAAUGUAGUAGUAAUGGACAAUAUGACAAAAACAGUUACUCGUACUGGUCAUUUUGAUACAUACGAGAGAGAUUCAACACCUCUUGAAACCUUUUUACUUACUUUGCGACCCGGGGAAAUCAUAUUUCUUCUCACUUUUGAUGAAUCUUCUAGAAGAAUGUCUCGAGUUGCCAGAUUGUUGUUAUAUGAUCUUGGUAGUGCCUUAAUCCAAAGUUUAAGCUACAGAGGAAGUUGGUACUUAAUUACACAAAAAGGAACCUCUGGAUUCUCACCAUUUGAAGAUUUGCAUGUUGUUGAAAAAAGUGGUUGGCCAGAGCACCAUGAUGCAAAGUUUUGUGUACCUUUUGAAAUCAAAGGAAGAAUUGUUCAUCCUGAUCCUGCACCGUUACAUAAUAAACAACGAGUGGAAUUUUGUGAAAUUAAUGAAAAUGUUGACUUUCCCCUUUUUUGUGAUGCUGAUGUAGUGAAUGAUCCUUUGUAUCCCGCUCCUAUCUGGAAACAACCAUCUGCAAUCAGUAAAAUCUAUGAUGUUCCAAUUCUUGUGAUGAGUGGCUCUGAUAUACAGUACUUGCCAUUAACUUUAGAAACUUUGAUUCGUCAGCCUGGAAUUAAACCAGGAAAUGUUGCAGUGUUUCGUCUGGAAAAGAAUACAAUAGUUUCAAACUUAGCCGAACUAUUUGGAUAUACUAUUGAAACCAUCUAUGAAAACCAAACUUACUGUGAUCGUGUCGCUGAAGCUUUUGAAAUUGCUAGUGCAGUCUUUGGAGAUAAAAAGCAUUUUUUGCUCAUCGGAGAAAAUGCUAUCAUGGCUCCUGAUUUUCUUUAUUUUAUGGGACAAUCCUUAUCUAUAAUGAAUAUUGAUGAAUCUAUAGCUGCAGUUUCAGCUUUAAAUGAAAAUGGAUUCAGGACUGUAUCUGGUGACCCUUCUCUUGCAUAUCGAGUGGAAUCAUUUACCAGCCUUGCAGUUUUAGUGAAAUGGAACUUCAUUACAAAAUCUUCCUGUAGCAAUCGCUCUGCAAUUGAUCCAUUAUAUCUUUCAACCAAAAUUACUGGGGAUGUUCUAGUGCCAGAUGUAUCACGGGUCACACUUGCAGCUCCGAUGUCUGGUUCACACUCUGAUGUCUCUCUUACUCAUCUUUCUUAUGACAGAACAAUAACAUAUGAACAAAAUAUUCCACUCAGAAACCCUGAACGAUUGUAUUUAGAAGAUUAUGAACGGGAAUUGCAGACAAUGCUGAUGACAGCUGUUCCACUUGAAUUUGACGCAGUUUCUUUGCAACAGUGCAUGAAUAACAGUGGAGAAUUCCGUCAGAAACUGUAUGAAAAUCUUCCACUUUUUAUUACUAAUGCUACCAACUUAUCUUCUCAGAUAUUUGUGGUUUACUUCUAUGAAGAAAAAGAUUCAGAUACGUCAACAAUUAGACACUUGACAAAAUGUUUUAAUUUGUUUCACCAUCCUCAGUAUCCAGUAAGAGGCAUGUUCAGGCACAUUUUACGAUUCAUGCUAAAAGAGAACCAAAUUAUGAUGGUUGGAUCAAAAUCACCAUUUUUUCACUUUAAACCACCUAGAACUCCUGUUCUCAUGCUAGAUCACCAACUUCGAACACUUGUAAAUGUUUUCCUAUGA